AUGACGUCAGGGGGACCCUGGGGGUGGACUGAUGCAGCAAGAAAACAUUGGGCCAGAUCUCAGGAUGCUGGACAGUGUCCUGGCAGCUCCCACCUUAUUCACUCCAGGACUUUGGGCAAACUCUUCCCCUCUGCAAUCUUCAGUCUCCCCAUCUGGAAAAUGAUGGACUGUACCAGCGUCACCUGGGAGUCGUUAGAAAUGCCAAUUAUGGGUCCCCGUGCAGACCUACUUGCGGCUGGGCCCAGCUCGGGGCUCCAACAGGCCCUGGAGUGGUUCCAAUCAGCUCAAGUUUGAGAACUGCUGAAAGAAGGCUGGAAAGGAGUUCUCAGAGCAGCAGGGACUUCCGAGUCCGAUUGCUGGGUCACCCUCAGCUGUCCUACCUUCCGACUCUGCACUCCAGUCAUGGCAGGGCAUAUCUCUGGUCUCGGAUGCCCUGGGGACUAAGGUGGGGCGAUGAUCUCCACUCCUUUAGGAUGUGGUGGCAAUGUUGGUAAACCACUUGGCACGCCGUGAGGGCACCCCCUUGGCUCAUUGUUGGGGGCACCCGCGGGCCCUGACUUCCUGAAGGCCCGGACACACAACCCAGUUGCACACAGAGGGACCUGCCAGGUGGAGCCGCUCAAGGCUCUGGGCUCCACCCCUGCGUGGCUCUUGCGCCUGCGGGGUCAUCAAGGGGAGAGUGCACACAGGUGGGCUUCUGCACGCCUGCGUGGGCCUGCCGUGUGGGCACCGCGGGUACUUCAGGGCGCAGGGGCUCGCCGUGCACUGCAGCUCGCCAAGGCGUCUGGUCCCCGCUGGGAAGCAGGAUGGACCCCGGGGCGCAGGUUCCUGGGUUGAGCUCCUCUGAGGAUGAGAGCCUUUCUCCCGUGACCAGACGGACGUCCCUGACAAGGGUCCUAAAGCACAGCACCCCAGAGGGAGCUGCCCCCAGCUGGCACUCAGAGCUACUGGGCGAUGUCUCCUCACGCCAGGAAGGGGGCUCUGCAGGCGGGUCCCCACUGCCUGUGCGCUCCCCCUGGGACCUCCCUUCGUCCCCGGGAGGGCUCAGCCCCAAGGUCCCCCUCAGAAAGAGGCGGCUUUCCACCAUCCGGGCCUCUGAGGUGCCCAGUGGGCAGCUAGGAUCCAACUCGGACCCCUUUGCUUUUGAGGAAGAUCCGCCCGUGCCAGCCUCGGUCACCCGGCGGCGACAGCAGCAGCAGCAGGGCAGGUCCCCCCGAGCAAGGAGAUCGCCACCAAACUUGGGAUUGCCCGGGAUCCCAAACGCAGCCAAGAGGAGGCCACGGGACCUGAAGAGGCUAGCUGCUGCGACAGAGCGACUGAGGCAGUGGGAGAUCCACCUGCUUCAGAACAUCGAGGAGGCCACCCAGCACGAACUCACCAUCGAAGACGACUGAGCGCUCAGCCCCGGGACCAGGACGCAGCUGUGCUCAGGAGCUCCUGCUGCGGCCUGACUUACUCAUCUGUCCAUCCGACCGUCUGUCUGUCUGUCUGUCUGUCUGUCUGUCUGUCAACCCCACACCUUCCUCAGGACUUGCUCUGGGUCCAACCUUGACCUCCACUGUACCUCUGGGUGGGCUGGGAGGAACUGGCUGAUGAUCUUGUUACUCAGAUUGCAAACGUGGCUUUCAGAGGCGCCAACUGAGACGAGGGGAUGGAGGAAGCAGGUACAGACAGGUGAGGUGGAUGCCCGAGGGCCACCCUGGAGGUACCCAGAGAUGAGAUGUAACCCACCUACCCUGCCUUCUUCCCCAGCACGGCCAGGUGAGCCUGAGAUGCUGGGAUGGCACAAUGUAGGGAAUAGGACCAAGUUGCACAGCUAAAUACCAAGGAGCUAGGCAGCCCACCCAGCUGGAGAGGACGGGGUCCUAGGCUGCCACUCCAGGAAAGGCCAAAACAGUGGCCCUCAACUGGAGGGCAUUCUGAGAAUUUGUGGGUGCUGGUUUGUUUCGGGUACUGGGGGGCGGGGUGAGGAAGUUAACCCCCUGCAGUAGGGCGGGGCUGCCUCCUGUCCCGUCCUUCUCCAGAACUGAGCUCUCCACCUCACUGCUUAGGAUAAGGAUCCCACCAAAGGGCUGGAGGGUAUCUGUGACCCUCAUACUGUAAGGAAAAAGAAACGGGUGCCCAGGGCACUUCAGUCAGCAUAGCCCAGCGUCAACCUCCCAGGUCCAGGCAUCUCUGAGACACGUCUGUUGGUGGACCCGUUGUGGUUAUGAAUACAGAGCUAGAUUUUAUCCUUGUAAAUGCUUUCACACCACCCCUCCACUUUGAAAGUGGUGGUUUUUUUCCUUCUAAAAACCAAAAAUGCUUACGUUUCCGGUGCCAUCGUGUGCUGCCUCCGCAGCCCAUCCUCCAGGCCAGCCAUCCGUGACCUGGGUCUUCUCAGGGACGCAGAUAAAGCUUAUUGCUAGAGCAGAGUCCAACCGGGCGCCCUAAACAGAGCCUCAGGCUGGCCUGAAACGACAGGAGGUGGCAGAUUCCAAGGGCAGGCAAGGUUGAGGAUGGUCUAAGAGAGAGGGAAGGGUCUUACUCUGGAGCUGCUUGGUGGGUGGAGAGCAUUCCAGGUCAGAAAGGUGCUCCCUGGAAGAGCCUGCAUUUGUGUGGAGGUUUUGAAUAAAGAAGGAAUGAUUGGGAUUCCUCACGGGGGAUUAGAUGCAGGCUGGGGGCUGCAAUUAUUGGGAUAGUUGCUUCAAAUUUCCUCUGUUGAUGUUCUUAUAUAUGUUGGUAAGAACUUAUUUACUGUGUAGUGUGUUUAAACAUUUAAGUUUUAUGAGAUGCUCUCUCCUUUACAAGCUGACUAUUCAACUUGUUCACUUUUUCCUUUUUUAUAACAAUUACCAGAUCAUAGAAAAGUUCAUACUUCUGUGUUAUAUUUGAAAAAUUAAGAAGCAGAAAAACUACCUAUAAUUGCAUAAAAUGGAGAUUAAAUACUUCAGUGUAAUUCCUUCCCGUCUUUGUUAUUAAAAAUAAACAAUUUUCACGAGAA